GCGGCUAGAGCUCACCCGGGACUGCGGCGCCGAGCUUAGCGAGGGAGCCGGUGCCCACAGAGGCGGCCGGCGAAAGCCCUCUGGCCUCCUCGGCACACCCUCCAGCCGCUUUCCAUGCUCCGAACGCUGCCCGGCCCCUCGCCCCAUCGCUGACGGCGCCCCCUCCCUGGGCAGUACUCAUGCGCUGCGCGCUCCGGGAGUCGUAGGCUGCAGCUGCCCGCGGCUCCGGGACCGGCGGUGGCUCCGCGGCCGUGGGGGGCGUCAAUGGAUCGCCAUUCCAGCUACAUCUUCAUCUGGCUGCAGCUCGAACUCUGCGCCAUGGCGGUGCUGCUCACCAAAGGUGAAAUCAGAUGCUACUGUGAUGCUGCCCACUGCGUGGCAACUGGCUAUAUGUGUAAGUCUGAGCUGAGUGCCUGCUUCUCCAGGCUUCUUGAUCCUCAGAAUACAAAUUCCCCACUCACCCAUGGCUGCCUGGACUCUCUCGCAAGCACAGCAGACAUCUGCCAAGCCAAACAGGCACAGAACCACUCUGGCACCACCAUGCCCACAUUGGAAUGCUGUCAUGAAGAUAUGUGCAAUUACAGAGGGCUCCAUGACGUUCUCUCUUCUCCCAAGGGGGAGGCCUCAGGCCAAGGAAACCGGUAUCAGCAUGAUGGUAGCAGAAACCUCAUCACCAAAGUGCAGGAGCUGACUUCUUCCAAAGAGUUGUGGUUCCGGGCAGCAGUGAUUGCUGUUCCUAUCGCUGGAGGGCUGAUCUUAGUGUUGCUUAUUAUGUUGGCCUUGAGGAUGCUGCGAAGUGAAAACAAGAGACUGCGGGAUCAGCGGCAACAGAUGCUCUCCCGUUUGCACUAUAGCUUUCACGGACACCAUUCCAAAAAGGGGCAGGUUGCAAAGUUGGACUUGGAAUGCAUGGUGCCGGUGAGUGGGCAUGAGAACUGCUGUCUGACCUGUGACAAAAUGAGACAAGCAGACCUCAGCAAUGACAAGAUCCUCUCACUCGUUCACUGGAGCAUGUACAGUGGUCACGGGAAGCUGGAAUUCGUAUGACCACGUCUUAUCUGAACUGAGCUUCUUGGACGCUUGAAGGCCUUUGAGUUCCGCUGGACAGGAGCACUUUAUCCGAAGAAAAACAAACUCAUGUAAUCAUCUUUGAGAGAGAAAAUGACCUCUGCAGACAGAAUCUUGGCUGUUUCUUCUGAAGGAUUAUUUGCACAGACUUACAUACAGUCAAAUGUAUUUUUUGCUUUGAAAUUAUUAAAAGCAAAGAGAAGACUAUGUACACACUGUUACCAGGGUGAUUUGCAUCUGAGGGAGCUGGAAUGAGUACCUAAAUAAACUAAAAUGUGCUCUGUGUAAGCUCCUACAUCUUGAUUUAUUGUAAAGAUUUAAAAAUAUAUAUCUAUAUUUUUGUCUGAAAUUGAGCAGUGUCUUGUCAUAAAUUAAAAACUAAGUGGGAAAUGUAAGAAACUACAUGUUAAUUUUACAAAUGAAGAUCUGUUGCUCAGAGUAGGGCCUAACUAUAGGAUUUGGCUUGAUCUUCCUUUCUUCCUUCCUUUCUUUUUUUUUUAAAACAAGACCAAAAUCUUGUUUAUUCUUACAUGUGCAUGUGUAACUCUUACAGCAUGUAGAAUAUCUAAAUGGACUGCUCAUCACUUAGUGUCUUACCCACAUUUUUUGUUUGGUUCAUUCUGGUUUUUAACUUUUAUCUAAGAGAAAUCUUAAACGUAUUUAUACCAGAUGAGAUAUGAUUGUUUCUGAAGUUGCCUUAGCAGAUGUACUGUUAUUUAUCAACUUGAUCCACUUGCUCUAUAAUGCUUUUAAAAAUGUCUACCUCCAACCAGGAAAAAAAAAAAACCUAAAUGAAAACUUUUUUUGGGUAAAGUUAGUCACUGCCUACUUCUACUGUUUACUCUGUCUCAAAUGGAAUUAAAUAUUUUGAACACCAAGUUA